GCCAUACCUACACGUCCUUCGUCCGCUUCUCUCCCUCCACGUGUGUCACCGCCCGCCCCACAUGUCUACGACUCUCCUCCUGGCGGCUUCCGGGUUGGCUGCGCUCAAUUCCCCGGCGUCGGGCUUUGUCGCUGCUGUAGGAACUCCUGCUACCCGUGCUUCCCCCGCUGCUGCUGCUGCUGCUGCUACGAAAAUGUCCGCCGAUGGUGGCGGUGCCGAACCAGCUUUCACGCUGUACAGCAGUGACAAGUGCCCUUACGCGCAACGUACAUGGAUCGCUGCCAGGGAGCUAGGCGUGCCGUUCAAGUUCCACGCCAUGGAGCUCGGAAAAGACAACCGCGAAGAGUGGUUCCUGAAGCUAAACCCGUUGGGAAAGGUCCCGACCAUCGUCUGCGGUGACGACGUGAUUUACGAAUCUCUGGUGGUGAACGAGUACCUGGCCGAGAAGUUUCCGCCGGGGGGAGAAUACGACCCAUCCCCGCUUUUGCCAGCGUCCCCCGCGGACAAGGCGAAGGUCCGGAUAGUCGCCAGUCGCAGCAACGACCUCGUCACUGCAUACUUCACGUAUCUGAGCAACAAGGACGAGGGGCAAGAGGCGGAGAAGCGCGAGAAGUUGGAGAAGGAGCUCAAGGCGCUGGAUGCCUGGGCCGCAGCUUCGGCGGGGGAAGGGGAGGCCUGCGGCUGGUUGUGCGGGGAGGCGGGGGGGGGGCGCAUGACUCUCGCGGACGUCGCCUACUUCCCUUUCCUCGAGCGAAUAGCCGCAACCCUCGAGCCCUUCAAGGGGUGGUCUCUGGGCGACAUCGAAGUCCCCGCGCUUGUGGCGUGGAUCGACAAGUGCCGAGCGAGGGAGUCGGUGGCAGGCACCCUGAAAGACCCCGCCGUGUGGGCAGAGCUGUACAAGAUGUUCCUAGGAGUGAAUUAUUUUGAGAGGGCGGGGGUGACCAAGAAGUGAAGCGUAACUGAGCCCAAAGGGCGGCGUAGUACCAGUGUCGUAAGUUGUGUGUUUGUUGACCAGAUUACCAAAAGUUAAAAGCCGAAAUUUGGGUGGAUCGGUGCAAUAUGGAUGCACGCGAGGCGCAGGGUUGGACCACCACACACCGACAGAGUCUGUGUACUAUUCAGGGACACACAGGUCCCAUAGACCGUCGAUGCUGCCACACAGGCUUCGCAACCAUGAGCCAAGAGCGCGCCCGGACGACAUCGAAUCUCCUCCCAAAAUAAAGAUCUUGUCCACGGAGUUGGAGUUUGUUGCUCCUCAACGCGGUCCUUUCCCUUCGACCCCAUCUCUACCGGGGUAACAAGUCCUACGCUUCUGCCAAGUAUCGCCAUGAAUUUUGUCACCGUUUCUACUCCUGAACGCUUGCGGUGUAUUUCGAGGCGGCGUGUAUCGCGAACAAAACGCGGUGCCAGUGUAGUGCUCACAGGCUUGACAAAAGCUUACACAGGCUGGCGGCAUAUGUACACACGGUGUAUUACCGUGCCACACAGAACGUUACCCCC